AAGCAACGAGACUGAGCGAUUAAACAGGCAAAUUUGGAUUGUGCAUGGAACGCAUGGCCUCUGAACAGCCACUUGCAUUCGCAUCGAGGCAAGAAGGGGCGGGAAAAGUCCACAGCCCGGCCUUCAGGCCAGGCAAAAGCGCGCGCUGGGGAGGCUACCACGCCAUGCAAUCGAAUGUGCGAAGAGAUCAGGCUGUGGCCCGUGCAGCCGAGGCGGUCUGGUACCGCCUUCCUGUGGCCGUUAGCCAAACUCCUGUAGGCACGGCCUUGCGCUUUUGGGUUUUCCAGCCAAAUUUUACCGAAAUGCUUAAAAUCCGGUACGAAAAAAAGCGCAAAAAGGCCCGGGUUAAUAAAGCCCGGGUCCUGAUAGCCCUGGAAGUUUUCGAUUAA